GCGGCAGUUGGUGCUCGAGCGUUUUCUCCGCAGCAGCUUCGCCGGACACGUCAAUACAGGAGACAUGGAGGAAGAGCUAAAAUGCCCAGUUUGCGGUUCCUUCUUCAGGGACCCCAUCCUGCUGCCCUGCUCCCACAAUGUCUGCCUGCUGUGCGCCCGGAACAUCACCGUCCAGACGCCGGAUGGGGAGACUCCGGUCCAGAGUCGAGCCUCCGGCAGCUCCGACUACGACUACCUGGACAUGGACAAGAUGAGUCUGUACAGCGAGACGGACAGCGGCUACGGCUCCUACACCCCCUGCCAGUUGAAGUCUCCGAACGGCGUUCGGGUAUUUCCGCCGGUCGCCCCGCAUCGGAACUGCUCUCUCACCUGUCCGCUGUGUCACCGGAGCGUGUCCCUGGAUGAGCGGGGGCUCCGGGGGUUUCCUCGGAACCGGCUUCUGGAGGCCAUUGUGGUGCGGUACCAGCAGACCCGCGGCAUCCCGUGUUCGGCAUCCCCCUCCGCGGUGAAGUGUCAGCUGUGCGACCGCAACCCGGUGGUCGCCACGGUGAUGUGCGAGCAGUGCGACGUCUAUUACUGUAACGCCUGCCAGCAGCGGUGCCACCCGUCCCGCGGUCCCCUGGCCAAGCACCGCCUGGUGCCGCCGCCGCCGCAGAGUCAAGCCGCUGGAGGAGCGGCGGGCGGCGGUGCUGGGAGUCAGCAGCCGCUGCUGACCGCGCGGAAAACGGGGACCUGCGUGGAUCAUGAGGCGGAAAACUUCAGCAUGUAUUGCUGCAGCUGCAAGGCUCCGGUGUGCAUGAAGUGUUUGGAGGAGGGGAAACACGCCAAGCACGACGUCAAACCGCUGGCUGUGAUGUGGAAGCAACACAAGUGCCAGCUCUCCCAGGCUCUGAACGGCGUCUCUGACAAAGCAAAAGAGGCGAAAGAGUUCCUGGUUCAGCUCAAGAACAUGCUGCAGCAGAUACAGGAGAACGGAGUGGAGUUUGAAGCCUGCCUUGUGGCUCAGUGUGACUCGCUGAUCGAGGCGCUGACGAGACAGAAAGCCAAGCUGCUCACCAAAGUCACCAAGGAGAAGGAGUACAAGCUGAAGAUGCAACGCAGCAUAAGGAAAGACACACAGAGACUUCUAGAGGUGGUGCGAGACCAGAUCACCCACUGCACCAUGAAGCUGAGGCAGACCACCGGCAUGAUGGAGUACUGCCUGGAGGUCCUGAAGGAGAACGACCCCAGUGGCUUCCUGCAGAUCUCGGACGCCCUGAUCAAGCGGGUGACGUCGUCCCAGGACCAGUGGGUGAAAGGGGCCCUGGAGCCAAAGGUCGGCCCCGACUUUGACCUCAGCCUGAACACCGACUCGCUGAUGCAGACCAUCCUGCAGCUGGACUUCUGCCAGGGCAAAGAUGUGCAGGAGAAACCGCUUUUGAAACUAAUGCAGGCAGCAGCAGACAGUGGUGAGGCUGAGAUGGAGGCAGAGAGCCCCGGAGUGGAUUUAGGACCCGCGGUGCCAGCAGCGCCUCUACUACAGCUGGAGAAAUGCUGCACCAGGAACAACAGCGCCACCCUGGCCUGGAGGGUAACUGCGCCUGCUAGUUGCCCCAUUGAGGGCUACAUCCUGGAGCUGGACGAUGGGAAUGGAGGGCAAUACAGGGAGGUGUACGUGGGGAAGGAGACGGUCUGCACGGUGGACGGCCUGCACUUCAACAGCGCCUACAACGCCAGGGUGAAAGCCUACAACGCCGUGGGAGUCGGACCGUACAGCAAGACGGUGGUGCUCAAGACUUCUGACGUGGCUUGGUUCACCUUUGACCCCACCUCGGCUCAUCGUGACAUCGUUCUGUCUAAUGAGAACCAGACGGCUACAUGUAGCAGCUACGACGACCGCGUGGUUCUGGGCACGGCUGCGUUCUCAAAGGGAACUCACUAUUGGGAAGUCACUAUUGAUCGCUAUGACAACCACCCGGACCCUGCGUUUGGCGUGGCGAGGAUCAAUACCAUGAAAGAAAUUAUGCUGGGGAAGGACGACAAGGCCUGGGCCAUGUAUGUGGACAACAACCGGUCCUGGUUCAUGCAUAACAACUCCCACACCAACAGAGCGGAGGGGGGCAUCAUGAAGGGCUCCACCGUGGGCAUCCUGCUGGACCUGAUCAAACGCACCCUGACCUUCUUCAUAAAUAAGGAGCAGCAUGGACCAACAGCCUUCGAGAACCUGGACGGCGUUUUUGUUCCUGCUGUCAGCCUUAACAGAAACGUUCAGGUGACCUUACUGACCGGCCUGGAGGUGCCAAAGAAUAUCAAACAGUAGGAGCUCAUUCCUCCUUCCCGUGUGGCCUGGAUACAAACCUCUGAUGUCACAUGCAGACUCACCUCUAUGUUUUCCUGAAACAUCAGGUUGGGUUCUUCCCAUCCUCCUCGAGGUGCUGUUGGGUCUCAGACACUACACAUCAUGUCAUAAAAAAGAAACAAAUCUGAUUGGUUGUAGAUUAUUACAGAUGAUUGGAAUUAUUGUACAGAAUUCAUGUUUUCAUUUUCGUUCCACCAGGCACCGAUUUUUAUGACAUGAGGAUCGAGCCUUGAAUAGUAAAAGCCAAACGGCUAGAAGACAUUCUCACUGUGCAGAAAAUAUCUUGGAGAAUAGUAUUAAAGUUUACAUCAGUAAUCAUAAAAUGGAAACUACUGAACUUUAACUUCAAACCUUUCCCACACCUCCAGCCUCAACAGCGCUGUGUGAAGGCUGAUCAAAAACCUUAAAUAAGUGGUACAAAAAUUGUCAAAUUUAAUGAUUUUAUUCAUUUUUAUUUCCUUACCGUAGCCUAAUACUCUCAUAAAUAUGAAGUGAACAUUUAAUAAAAGCCACUAUGAAACACUUAAAUGACAUAGGUAGAAGUGUCUCAAAAUAAUUUCAUCUCUUCGUCUCUGAAGAAACGUGUCACAGUAAAAUCCAACUCCACAGAAGACGACUAAGGAAACUGAAAGUUUGACUUUUAUUUACACAAUUCUGAUUUUGGUCUCAAAUUUUAGAUUUUUCCCCUCUGAAAUAUAUAUAUUUUUAUUUCAGUGGCCCUAAUCCUACUCUGUACCGGUCCCGUCAGGUUAAACCACGUCUGCUGCUGCAUUUUUCACUAGGGACCAAAUAUGGCUACCUGGAGAGGACAGUAGCUUAAACCAGACCACUGUGACCUGAUGGUUGUAGGAUUUGCGAAAUUCCCAGCGUCUAAGAACACGACACAUCGAUGGAAAGGUUUGUUAUUAAAAGCUGAAGAUGUUUAAUAUUGAGUUUUACUACAUCUAUUUCAAUUUUUUUCUCUUUUCCCUAAGAACAUGAGUGUGGGGAGUGAGAAUAACUUGACCUGCCAUAUAAAACUGGACUAAUGUGUGGAUGAAAACAGACAAACUGUAGAUAUUGAUAUUUGACUUGUGAUAUUAAGCAUGGAUUGACAAGCAAGUUUGCAAACUGUCUGAAAUUGUUCUGUAAAUAAUGUUUUAUUGUCUCUGCAAUGAGUGAUGUUGUCAUGAGCUGUAACAGGUCGCCCCCUGCUGGCCAAUAUUGGGAACUGCAGCUCUGGAUGCUCUUCAGACGUCCAGCUGAAACUCAUUGAAUUGUAAAAAUAUGUUAAAAUUUCCUCCUUAAUUUACAAUAUUUGAGCAUUUGAUCAGGGAUAUGUGAUAUGUAGAUUAUACUUUGAGGUUUAUGGUUAUUUAAUGAUGAACUAGUUUACUGCUCAUAUCGUAAAUACCAGUUUUAUUUUGAACAAACAAAGUGAACAAACUCAAAUGCACAAAGGUGGAAAAACCUGGUAUUUUUACGGCAUCCGAUCAGGUAAUGUUUUUAUUAAAAAUCAUGUAGUAUGUUUUCUAUUUUCUAAACAUAUUUAUCUUUUAAAUGGAAGAAGCCAGUAGGAGAAUGAUAUUUAAACCUUCUAAAUUAUUAAACAUAUGAUGAUAUAUUUAUUUUCUUUUGUUAAAGGUGUUGUCUAAAAUACCUUUUUAAUAUUUACAUGGGGCAAUUACUAAUUAUUUCUGAAACAUGCCCCAUUGUUUAGGCUUUUUGGUGCUUUCAUCUCUACUAGUCCAACCAUAAUUUGUCAUUUUGUGUCUCAUAUUCUAUCAAGAAAAUGCUUGAAAUAAAAAUAAUUUUAAGUCUAAAUCUGCCAAUAAAUCAACUGUAGUUACUGCAUUAGCAGCUAUAAUGUUUAACAGUCAAUACAACACAUAUAAUCAGAAACUACUCCCAUAAAACAGCGAAAUAUAUUUUUAAACUAAAAUAAAUAUAAAAUCUUCAUAUUUUGUUUGUCUUAUGCACAGUACAUUUGUCGCUAGGCAGGUUGCUGGCAUUAGGCUGCUAACAUUACUGGCAGUAAAAUGUCCAAAACCUAUAUUAUAUAUUUCUAAAACAAAAUUUCUGCCUAAAUAUUUCACAUUUUUCUCACUGUGUUUGUCUUAAGUGUAUUUUUAGCCCAUAAUAUCACUGUAGGCAGCAGGGUUUGGUACCAAUAGCCGCUAGCUUGUUAGCAUCAAGCAGCUAAUGUAGGCAAUUAGUUACAUGAGCUAAUAUUGACAAAAACCUUCAACAUUUUUAGUUGUUGAACAUCAACAUAACUCCACUGUCUUAUGUUAUUGUUUGCAGCUCACAGGAAAAAAUCUACCUGUAACAUUGUGUUAUUCGGUUGCUGUGGGCAACAAACAAAAGGAGUAUUUUAGUUUCAUUUACAUUUGAAUUGACAUUAAAACGUAUGCAUUUGAUUUUAUAAUUUAGCAUUUUCAGCAUGUCAAAGAGGUCAGGAUGUAAGAGACUUUUGAAAAGUGUCAAAUAUGUGAGCAUCAGCUGAAGGCGACUUGUGUCCUGAUUUGCUCCAACCAGUUUCCAACUCAGGGUUUUAUUUUCAUCAGCUUGGCUGCACAGCUCUGACCCUCCUUUCACCUCCCACUCCAGAGCAAAAACCUUCCUGGUGGCUGAAUUUACUCUCACCAGAAAUAGAUUUCAGCCCAGUAGUUGAACAUUACAUCCAUUGUAUAAAAAGAAAACCUUUCUUUCUGAGCGCCAGGUUUUGUUUAUGGUACUCUAACUCCAUAUUUUCUUCAACCAAAAAUGUUGUGACAGAAAACAAGAAUCUAGUGAUUUGAUUCAUGCAGACUCUCCCGUUUAAGUGUUGUUUUGUUUAGCAUGUCCCUUUACCUGAUACCCACCUAUGAAUGUCACUUCUUUCUUAGAUUUAACUUAUGUUGCUGGAAAAAUUGGAAAGUAUCUUUCUGAAUUUCAAACGUGCAGAUAUCAAAUUAGUUAUGGACGACAGCAUAGGGCCACUGUAGAUAGAACAUAGGGACUAAAUUUCUGCCAAAAUAUCUGAAAUUUUCUAGAGAAAAAACAAGGAAAUUCCUGAGUUGAAAAUUUACAAGAAAAAAAUCUGAAAUUUUGUGAGUUUGAAAAGUUGAAAUUUGCUAGCAAAAAACUUAUAUUUCCAUUUUGAUCUAGAAACUUUGAGAUUAAUACCAAAAUUUCUAAGGUUUUAUAGCAAUUUUUAAACUUUUCAAACUAGAACUUUCCAAGUUUUUUCCAGAAAAUUCCUGAGAUUAAUCUAAAUUAUCAGAAUUUUUCUAGAAAAUUUUAAAGAGGUUUUGUUGUUGAAAACAUUCCUUCUAGAAAAUGUUUGAGACGAAUCUCAAAAUUUCAGAUUUUUUUCUUGCAUAUAUUUUACUUUAGAUUUUUCUCAAAAAUGUAAAAGUCUUUUUUAAACUUUUCAAACUAGAACUUUCCAAGUUUUUUCUUGAAAAUUUCUGAGAUUAAUCUAAAAUUUGUAGGGGGGGUUGGAGCAAAUAUUUCAAGUAUUUUUUCUCGAUACUUUGAGUUUUUCUGAAAAGUUUUGACUUUUCAUACUCGGGUUUUUUUUUCUAGAAAAGAUUAAUAUCACAAUGUUUUUGUUGUUGUGAUUGGAAAUUCACUUUUUUUCUGUUUACAAUGGCCCAAUAUGCUGUCACACUGAUGUUUGAUCGUUUGGUCUCCUGAGUGACCAAACGUGUCAUAAUGCUGCUGAUAACAUAGAUUUGCUAAUUACUGAUGGUAAUUAACGUUAAUAUUAAUCCAUUCAGGUUUUAGCCUGAAUCCUCAUCGUCUCUCAUGCUCCUCAUUUUGAAAUUCAAAAAUCAAACCAAGAAGCUGCUUUGAGAAAAGUAACUGUGACCUCAACCAGCCCAAACAACCCGACCAACUGUGUUUUUUCAUUACCAUCAACUUUCAAAUCAUCAAGUGUUUACAGCUGAAGCCUGUUAAGGCUUUAGAAACACUGCUUUUGCUUCGACAGUCUCUUGCUGUGUAUAUAUAUUUAUUCAUCAAAGAAAAUGCGUGACUUUUUCUUUUUUAUUACCUCAAUUUUGUCCUCCAGUUGUCCCCUGCUGCCAAUGUAAAUGUUUUGUACGACUACAUUGUUUGUAAAUGAUGAAAACAGACUCGACUCCAUAAUUUUUAAAAGUUAAACAUGAAAAAUACAAGAAACAGCUUUGUCUCCUUUUUGCGUACUUUAUAAGAAGGGAAAUAAAUAAAGUGGGGUCUGAAAUGAA